UUGAAUUAUCGUUUUACGUUAAACAAUUCCUUCUCUUCAUCAAUUUGAGUGUCGUCUUCGCUUCUUCUUACCAGUCCUUUCUUUGCUUCGCAUGUCUUUGUCGAUUUGUCCCCCUUUCAAUCCACGUUCUCUCUAUCUUCACGAUCUCUUAUGUUUUUUCAUUGAUUCCAAACCCUAGUGUUUCUUUAUCCUUGACACCUAUUUCUAGCCAUUGAUUCUAGGGUUUAUCGAUCGAUCAAUUGAGCAGUUCUGAAUUGUGUUUCGGUGGCGAUGACCUAUGGCGUGAAUGAUGAGGACGACGCUGUGGUGCCGGAGUCGAGGUUGACGAUGGGAGACGGAAAUGGGGAUUAUGUCAAAUUUAGGGAAUCUGACGGUUGUGGAGCGCCGGAGAUUUUUGAUGGUGGUGGGGCCCAACCUUCCUCCUCCGUGAGGAGAUCAUGCUGGUCUCUCUGGUGGUGGGCUAAGGCAGUGUUCUUGCUCAUUUUUUGCGUGGCAUUGGCCGCUGUCUUUUCCAAAUGGAUCGGUCCCUUCUUCAUGGAUAAGGAGAUUAUUCCUAUAAUAAAUUGGGAGACGGAAACAUUCAGCACGCCAGUGCUUGGAGUUUUGCUCUUUGCUUCCGUGGCAUUGUUCCCUACUUUACUUCUACCAUCUACACCUUCAAUGUGGGUGGCUGGGAUGACUUUUGGUUAUGGAUUUGGAUUUCUACUAAUCAUGGCGGGAGCUACUAUAGGGGUGUCGCUUCCAUAUUUCUUUGGUUCUCUCUUCUAUCAUAAAAUCCAACGGUGGUUAGAAAAAUAUCCAAAGAAAGCAUCCGUUAUAAGAUUAGCUGGUGAAGGAGGUUGGUUUAAUCAGUUUCGAGCUGUUGCAUUAAUCAGGAUUUCUCCAUUCCCAUACAUCAUAUACAAUUACUGUGCUGUGGCAACAAAUGUUAAGUAUGGCCCUUACUUUUUGGGGUCCUUGGUAGGAAUGGUGCCAGAAGUUUUUGUUACAAUUUACACUGGUAUCCUGAUACGAACGUUGGCUGAUGCAUCAUAUGAUCGGCGGUCCCUCUCUGCACCACAGAUCAUCUUCAAUGUCGCUGGUUUCUGUGCUACCGUGAUUACCACAAUACUAGUUACGGUGUAUGCAAAGAGCCGGCUCAAGGCAUUACAGCACCAGGAGGAGCCCCUACUGCAGUAAGCUUUUUAUUUGCUCUGGUCUGGUUUAAGUCAGGAAAUAAUAUGCCUGCUAAGCCAGGUCAGAUUUACACAUGUAAACACAAUGUGGCUGGAUAAGGUUUUACUUAUUAUAUGGUAUCACUGAUACGAAAACGUGGAAGGGAAGGAUCCAAGACGGGCUAAUGUGGUAUCCAUUUUGCACCAGUGCAUCCAAUUUUUAGAAGCUAGAAAGGGAAGAAAAAUCUGCCUGUCUUUGUUAUUGCUCUCUCUCUCUCUCUCUCUCUCUCUCUCUCUCUCUCUCUGUGUGUGUCUCUCCCUGAUUUGUCAUUUGUAUAUAAAUUGAAAUAUCUAGAUUUGAAGUGUUAACAAUUCUUUGAGAUUUGGAAAUGUAAAUCUGUUGCAGCUACCUUUAUGUAUUGUAGGCUCGUCGUAGUCUUGUAUAUGAUUAUUAAUUUUUUGUGGAAA